CUCAAGACGUAAGGGGGGCGCGAUAGGCGUUGACUCUCGGAAAUCGGCCGAAAUGUGCAGAUCGUGGCAUGCACUGGUCUAGAUAUACUAUGUCUAUGGGUACAGGGUACAGGAGCCAUAUUACCGAAAAAAAAUGGCGCUGUCUUGUGCUAUUUCUAACGAAGUGCCAGAGCACCCAGUAGUAUCCCCUGUUUCUGGAACGAUAUUUGAGAAACGUCUUGUUGAGAAAUAUGUGACUGAGAAUGGAGUGGAUCCUAUCAAUGGCAAAGAACUUACUAUUGAACAGCUCAUUGAUAUUAAAACAACUCCAAUUGUAAAGCCUAAACCACCUAGCGCAACUUCCAUUCCAGCGAUAUUAAAAAUCCUGCAAGAUGAAUGGGAUGCUGUUAUGUUACAUUCAUUUACAUUGCGACAACAACUUCAGACUGCGAGACAAGAAUUGUCCCAUGCAUUGUACCAGCAUGAUGCAGCUUGUCGUGUCAUUGCUAGAUUGACAAAAGAAGUUACUGCUGCUAGAGAAGCUCUGGCCACUCUUAAGCCACAGGCUGGAAUUGUUCAGGCUGCUACAAUACCACAACCUGCUGUGGCAGUAGAAGCUGGUGGCACAGCAACUCAACCAAUGGAACAAGCUGGUAUCACCGAGGAUGUGAUUCAGAAACUGCAGGAACGAGCGACCGUUCUCACUCAGGAGCGAAAACGACGUGGACGCUCAGUGCCAGAGGAUCUGAUGCCUCAGGAUAGUAUUCGAUCAUUCCAGACCCUCGCGUCUCAUCCUGGACUGCAUUCUGCCAGUGUACCUGGAAUCUUGGCGCUUGAUAUUCAUGGCGCGGACACUAGCAAGAUUCUGACGGGUGGCGCUGACAAGAAUGCUACUGUUUUCAACAAGGACACUGAACAAGUGGUGGCAAUUCUCAAAGGUCACACGAAGAAAGUUACACGAGUUAUUUAUCAUCCAGAGGAAGACGUAGUAAUGACCGCGUCACCUGAUACUACGAUUCGUGUAUGGAACGUUGGUACUAGUCAGACGACCUUAUUACUGAAGGCUCACGGUGAUUAUCUAUUAAGCUCGUCUCUAGAUCAGCAUUGGGCCUUCUCGGACAUACGCACCGGCAGAUUAUUGACUAAAGUGGCAGGACAAACAGGACAACCGUUAACUACGGCGCAAUUUCAUCCUGACGGUCUAAUUUUCGGUACUGGCACAGCAGAUUCUCAGGUGAAAAUCUGGGACUUGAAAGAGCAAUCUAACGUUGCAAAUUUCCCGGGUCACACCGGCCCAAUCACAGCGAUUAGUUUCUCCGAGAAUGGAUAUUACUUGGCGACCGCCGCGGAGGAUUCGUGCGUUAAACUCUGGGAUUUGCGCAAGCUAAAGAACUUUAAGACGCUGCAGUUAGAGGAAUCUUACGAGGUGAAGGACAUUUGCUUCGAUCAAAGCGGAACUUAUCUGGCUGUAGCAGGAACAGACGUGAGGAUAUAUCUCUGUAAGCAGUGGCAGGAAUUGAAAGUUCUGAACGAUCACACUGCAGCGGCUACUGGUGUUCGUUUCGGAAAACACGCGCAAUAUAUUGCAUCCACUAGCAUGGACAGAACUUUGAAGCUCUAUGGGUUGUCAUAAACAGACAACUAGAAAUAUAUAUGUUUCACAUAUUAUUUAAUAUCACAUUAUAUUAUUCUAAAUGUCUAUCUAAUGGAACCGAUCAAUCUUGACUCGACUUGUUGAAUUUCUUUUAUAUAUAGUAUACAGUAAAGUUCUCUUAAAUUUGGCCCUAUUAAUUUUGGUAUCCGUCCACACGUGCUUUCACAAACAUUAAUAUUGCACCCUUUCCAUGUCAUAAUAGUUCACUGGAUGAUUGUGUAUGCAUUCAUACUGAUCUUUCACUUCAUUUGACUGCUCGCAAUGUAAGUAUACAAAAAUUAAUGAAGCUCUCCUCUAUAUUGGCGAAAAAAAUUGGUAAGGAGAAUGUGUAAUAUCAUGAGAUCUAUUUUGAAAUCCAUAUCUAAAGUAAAUUUUGCAAAUUAUAAACUUGUCAAGUUUUUUUCUCUUUUUAAAUAAGAAUAGUUUUUUGACUAUCUGAAGAAUUUCUGAAAUCCUCCUUUAGACACAAGAUUCAGAAUAUUGUAUCAUUAUGUAUUUUUACAAUAAUAUAUGGUUCUCACUUGUAAAUUGAAUGACAUAUGCAAGUGUAUCAAAUAAUCUGUUUUCAAUUAUUAAAUCAUAUGUAUGCGCGACUUUUGAAGAAUAAAUAUUUUAUAUAAUAAUAAAAAA